AUGGAUUUUCUUCAUAGGAACGGUGUGUUCAUUAUUCAACAUUUGCAGAAGGACUACCGAGCUUAUUAUGAUUUUCUAAAUUUUAUGUCCAAUGUUGGAGAUCCCAGGAACAUCUUUUCUAUUUAUUUUCCACUUUGGUUUCAACUUAAUCAGACAGUUGGAACUAAGAUGAUAUGGGUAGCAGUCAUUGGGGAUUGGUUCAAUCUUAUAUUUAAAUGGAUAUUAUUUGGUCAUCGGCCUUACUGGUGGGUUCAAGAAACUCAGAUUUGCCCAAAUCACUCAAGCCCAUGCCUUGAACAGUUCCCUACUACCUGUGAAACAGGUCCAGGAAGUCCCUCUGGCCACGCAAUGGGUUCAUCGUGUGUGUGGUAUGUCAUGGUAACGGCUGCCCUGAGCCACUCUGUCGGUCGGAUGGAUAAGUUCUCUGUCACUCUGCACAGACUGACCUGGUCAUUUCUUUGGAGUCUUUUUUGGUUGAUACAAAUCAGUGUCUGCAUCUCCAGAGUAUUCAUAGCAACACAUUUUCCUCAUCAAGUUAUCCUUGGAGUAAUUGGUGGCAUGCUGGUGGCAGAGGCCUUUGAACACACUCCAAGCAUCCACACGGCCAGCUUGAGCACAUACCUGAAGACCAAUCUCUUCCUCUUCCUGUUUGCAUUUGGCUUUUACCUGCUUCUCAGACUACUCGACAUUGAUCUGCUAUGGUCUGUGCCCAUAGCCAAAAAAUGGUGUGCCAACCCAGACUGGAUCCAUAUUGACACCACACCUUUUGCUGGACUUGUGAGAAACCUUGGGGUCCUCUUUGGCUUGGGGUUUGCAAUCAACUCAGAAAUGUUCCUUUUGAGCUGCCGAGGGGAAAAUGGCUAUAAGCCAAGCUUCCGGGUGCUCUGUGCCAUGACCUCACUGACCACACUGCAGCUCUACCACUUCAUCAAGAUCCCAACUCACACAGAGCAUUUAUUUUACAUGCUGUCUUUCUGUAAGAGUGCAUCCAUCCCAUUGACUGUGGUUGCUCUGAUUCCCUACUGUAUACAUAUGUUAAUGAAACCAAAUGAAAAGAAGAUUAAAUAGAGUUGCACAGAGAGUUAGUGCUCUCUGGCCCCAGGAUCACCCUCUCCAUCCACCCAUAAACCACAGAGGAAGAAGAAGC